GAAACGGGACGGGCACACGGCAGAUCAACAACGGCAGCCAUGAUCGGCAAGAUAGUUCUGUUCCUUUCCGCCUUGGCUCUGGCAGGAGCGCAGAUACCCAGUCUGGGCUUCUGCCCCGAAUACGUACCCAUGGCCAACUUCGACAUGACCAAGUUCUUGGGCGUUUGGUACGAGGCUGAGAGGUAUUUCCAAUUGACGGAAGUGGUGUCGAGAUGCGUGAUGGCCAAUUACACGUUGGGGGCAGAUGGAAAAUUCCGCGUCAGCAACGAAGUUACGAACAGAUUCACGGGGAUCAAGAGGGUGUUGGAGGGUGAAAUAAAGAAAGCAGCCUCGAAAGCGGAGGAGGGAAAAUUGAUCGUUAAAUACACGAUACCGUUGACACCCGAGACCAAAUACUCGGUCCUCGAGACAGACUACGAAUCGUACGCUGUCCUGUGGAGUUGCUCGGGGAUCGGCCCGUUCCACACCCAGAACGCGUGGGUCAUGACGAGGGAGAGGCUGGCGCCGGGCACGGUGUUGCAAAAGGCGUAUGCAGUUCUGGACAAGUACAAGAUCUCGAAAACGUUCUUCGUGAAGACGAAUCAGGAGGAUUGCGCCCUGUUGGACGCGAAACCGUCCCAGGAGCCGCAGGUCGAGGGGGGAGGGGAGAAGCCGGAGGACGUGAGAUCGGCGGUGGUCCCGGACGCGCCAAAGGCGAUCCUCGACUCGAAAAAGAGCCCCAACAACGAGAAAGCGGCCCACCCAUCCGAAAAUCCGAGCGAGAAGAAGCCGGCUGCCAACACGGUUCCGGAACGGAUCAUGGAAGUGGCGGAUGCCGUGAAGGAGGAGGAGGAGGAGAAGAAGGAGGCGCCGACGAAAGUAAAGGAGGAGGGGAAUGUAGAACGGGCGGAGGAGAAGAAUUUAUUUCCGUUUGCAGAAAUGUUGCGGAUAUACUUGAUUUUAAUCGUAGCAGCGAGCGCGGCGAUGGCACAAGUACCAUUUUUAGGCUCUUGCCCCGUAGUGGAAACCAUACCGAAUUUCGAUAUAAAAAAGUACGUGGGCAAAUGGUACGAGAUCGAAAAAUAUUUCGCCUUCUUCGAGUUCGGCGGGAAAUGCGUUACUGCGAUUUACAGCGAGGGCGAAAAUAACGCGAUUAAUAUUUUGAACAAGCAGAUAUCGGCUCUNNNNGGAGUUUCGUCGAGUAUAGAGGGGGUUGGAAAACCGGUUGUUAAGAUCGAAGAGGCGAAAUUGAUCGUUACAUUCCCAACUUUGCCUCUUCCGGUUGAUGCCCCUUAUUGGAUUCUUGACACCGAUUACACGAGCUAUUCUGUCGUGUGGAGUUGUUCCAACUUUGGCGUGUUUAGCAUGAGGAACGUUUGGAUUUUGGCGAGAGAGGCAAAGCCACCGGUAUCCGUGUUGGAGAAAGCUUAUCAAGUAUUGGAUAAAAAUAAUAUAAGUAGGGCGUAUUUUAUUCGUACAGAUCAGAAAAAUUGCCCUCUAGAAAAUUAAAUAAAGUACGAUCAGAAAUCACGUUUGUUUGAAAAAGUAAGUUGUUUUUGUAAAAUAUGUUUUUUGUGCUCAAUUUGAUUAGUGAUUAUUUAUUCAUCUUUAUUUAUUCUAUUUGAAUCUAAUAAUUUAAGUAACUAUAAUUUACUUUAUCGAGCGUCGAUAAAGAUAUUUGACGAUUGGAUCAAAUUUAUAUUCAUGCAAUCCAAUAGCUUAAAAAACUCGACCUAUUUUUAUUUUAUUAUUAAUUUAUAAUUUAGCUUGAUUUUAUAAAAUUACGAAUACUAAAAUUUUACGCUUUUAAUUUGCAUAAUAAUUAUUCACCGAAGCAGAU